CGGCAGCAGAAGCAGCAGCAGCUGCAGUAUUAGCAACAUCAACUGCAGCAGCAGCAGCAGCAGUAGUAGUAGUAGUAGCUGUGAAAACAGCAACAUUAGCUGCAAAAGGACAGGAGAAAGAGCGUCGUGCAAGGAAUAUUUAACAGUACUCGUUCUAAGGUGUAAAGCUACCAUACUAGCAGAGGGUCAACAUCGAUCCAAGUCAUCUGCUUGAGAAGCCAGGAGUUCUCCUGGCAAAUUCCAAUCACCCCCACCCAAUCUUCCUGAUAUUCCCUUCAAGUGGAUAUUUAGACGUGUUGACGUUACAACGACCAACUCACAAUGCAUAGCUGGAUUGCAGCUUCAAUGUCACCAUCUCAUAGCAGACGACGGGAGAAGGACAUUAAACGUCAUAACCAUCAUCAUACCGGUGUACGUGAAAAGCCCCACGGGGCCGAAAGCCUCGAUCCCGAACUGCUGUGUAAAAUCCUACAUACUAAUAUCAGCAAGGACAACCAUAAAGAGCAUGGCAGACCCAGUUCUCUAUUGUCCCCAAGUUACAAUACCCUAUCAAAAUCUUGCGACGAUAUGACCAAAUGCGAUGACAGCCCACAACCAGUUGAAACUAUUAUCCAUGAUAAGAAAUAUAUUGGUUUGGUGCCGGCCGCUUAUGUAAAUCGAAGCAAGUCACAUAACGAUAUCAUUAUCCAGCGACGGCUUGUUACCCCAAAAGAUUCGAAAUCCGCUUCCCCAACACCAUUACCUUCGGCCUAUAUGGAAGAACGUUACGUGAUUCGCAUCCGAAAAGGACCGCACCAUUCACACAAAAUGCAUAAAUCUCAUUCGGGUUAUCUGAAACCUAAGAGUGAGCUUUCCCGAUCCUAUAGUGCGCAUAACUUAACUGGGUCUCAUUCGAAACCCAAACAGCGACACGAGAUUAUCACAACAUUUGGUUUGUCCCCAGAUUCACCGCCAUCAAGUCAAGAAAUCUCACCAGAGACAAGCACUGAAAGACAAACACCAACAGAUAACCAAGACUCAAGCAGUCAUGUUGAGAGAACUCCGUCCGAAGAGCAUGACGAGCAGAACAACCACAGAAAUAACAAUAAUAACAACACCAAUAACAACAACAGAGAAAGUCAUCACGGAAAAAAUAGUCUACACCACAAACUUUUCCUGAACUUACCAGUUCCAGAGAGAAGGCAUAGUUAUGUCGGCGGACAAACGGUUUACAGUGCCAAAUCGAAAUCACCAACGGCUAAAAAAUCAGAAAGCGGUCAUUCUCUGUUGAGCGUGGAAACUAUAAAAGCUCUUGUCACUCCUCAUGGCAAGAAACACCACAGAGAUAUGAAAUAACGGACUCAAGAAUCGGAUGAUUGAUAAAAACGACUAAAACAGCGGGAAAAUAUAGACCUCACUCAACAAUAUUAUAAACAUUCACGUAAAAAUAUAUAGAAAUAGGAAAUGAACAAACCGACUAUGUACGUAUUAUAUAUAUACAUAUAAAUACAUACAUAUCUACAUCUAUGUAUAUAUAUAUAUAUAUAUAUAUAUAUAGAUAGAUAGAUAGAUAGAUAGAUAGAUAUACAAAUACAUUCGUACGUAUAAACAUGCAUUAAAAUAACGCACUCACACACGCGUAACUAUAUAUAUAUGUAUGUAUGUAUGUAUCUAUGUAUCUAUGUAUGUACAUAUGUAUAUGUCCCUAUAUGCAUCAUAUAUAAUAUCAUAUAUAACUGAAAGUAUAUAUACAUACAUACAGACGUUUCUAUUCAAAACACCAAUUAGUUGAGAAAAAAAUCUACGGGCAUACCGUGAUACAUGAAACUAAAAGAAUUCAUAAAAAGAAAACAAUGAAAAAUAUUUUAUUUUUAUUAAAUUUUUGUUUUAUUUUA